AAGAAUGUAGCAGUGAGGAAAAAAAGAACAUAAUUUGAAAAGGCUUGAGAGAAAACCUUGCCUCUUAUAAGAACAUGAUCGCAGGCAGCUGAUGUGUGAGAGACUCCAGUGCUCCUCAAGCUACAGUGGAAUAAAUCACACAGGGUCACAAUGUUGGGGAUCUGCUUGUGUUUGAGUGUCGCCGUUCACUUGGCCGUGUCUCAGGAAGCUGAAGCUCAGGAUCCUGUCACAUAUACGUGCACUGAAGGUUAUGAAUUUGACUAUGAAAAACAAAGCUGUAAAGAUAUAGAUGAGUGCAAGACAGUGCAGGAAGCCUGCAAAGGGGGCAUGAAAUGCGUCAACCAUUUUGGUGGCUACCUCUGCCUCCCCCACAACGCUCGGAUAAUCAUCAGUAAUGGCGACGAUGAUCCCACUACCGCCCCGCCUGUUGAAAGGGUAGACGUUCAGCCCGGCUUACCCCCCAUCUCCAGGGGAGAUUACUCAAGAGUCAUUCAUAGCUCAUCACACACACUCCAGUGUGGCGUGGGUUUCAUGCCAGACUCUCAGAACUACUGCAGAGAUGUGAAUGAAUGUCUAACUGCAAACCCCUGCCAACAUCAGUGCUACAAUCUGAUUGGCUCUUUCCUCUGCCAAUGUGAAGCCGGAUAUGAACUGGCUUCAGACUCGGUCUCCUGCCAGGAUAUCAAUGAGUGUGAAUUCUCAACCUACAUGUGUCAGUUCCAGUGUGUGAAUCAGCCCGGUGGACACCACUGUGUGUGUCCUGACGGAUACCAGCUCCAAGGGACGCGGAUGUGCCAAGAUAUAAAUGAGUGUGAAACAACACACAACUGCAGAGAAGAUGAAAUGUGUUGGAAUUACUAUGGAGGAUUCCGUUGCUAUCCCAAAAACCCCUGCCGCGAGCCUUACGUCAAAACAGGCGAAGGGCGCUGUAGGUGCCAGUCACCAAAUAUUUGCAGAGGACUGCCGCCUGUUAUUGUCUAUAAGUACAUGAGUAUCUUUUCCGAACGCUCAGUGCCUGCGGAUAUCUUCCAGAUUCAAGCUACCAGUGUUUAUCCCAACAUGGUAAACACCUUCACUAUCAAAUCCGGCAAUGAGGGAGGAGAAUUCUACCUGAGGCGCUCCAGCAAUGUAAGCGCCAUGUUGGUGAUGACCAAACCCUUAUCUGGACCUAGAGAACAUGUUCUGGACCUGGAGAUGGUCACCCAGAGUAAUGUCUUGAGCUACCGUUCCAGCUCACUGCUGAGACUCACCAUUGUUGUGGGUCCAUACCCUUUCUAAAUCAUCUAGAUCGACCGAAUCAGCACCUUGGUUUUAUGUUUGUACUGCAGCUUACUAUGUUUAAAAUGUUCAACACAGCAUGGCUACCUGGUUGUGGUCUAGAUAAGUGGUUUUUAACUGCUUGGUUGAGACCCAAAAAUGCGUCAGAAACCAAUUCUAAAUCAACCAAUAGAUAUAUGUUUGAUUUUAAGGUUUUAUGUUUUCACAUUUGUAUGAUGAAUCUUUUGUAUAAUAAAUUGUAAUACUGUGUUGGGACGCCA